UGGCGGACAAGGCGAAGGAGGAGUUCUACACAAGGCCGGCCAAAGUUGGGAAUUGGGCUGCCUUCACCACUUUCCUAUGGAACUCCGAGACGGGGCAGUUCUUAGGCCGCACCUUUUCAUCAUGGGCCAAAAUCCUUCUCUUCUAUGUAUGUUUUUACGCUUGCCUUAUGGGCUUUUUCUCAGCCCUCCUCGCCCUGUUCUUCCAGACUCUCGAUUUUAGAGCACCGAAGUGGCAACUUAAAAGUUCAUUGAUUGGCGAUAAUCCAGGAUUGGGGUUCAGGCCAAUGCCACCAGAAUCUCAUGUAGAAAGUACACUUGUCUGGUAUAAAAUCAGCGAUAAUAAUUACGCAACGUGGACGACAAAACUGGAUGACUUCCUAAAGCCAUACAGAGAGCCAGAUUCACAAUGGGAAGCAUUAAAACAAAAUUGUGACUAUAAUGACACACCUGAUUCUCCAGAUAAAGUAUGCAAGGUAGACAUCAGUUCAUGGUCACCUUGUGUCAAAGAAAACAAUUACAACUACCAUAAUGCUGCUCCAUGUAUUUUCCUUAAACUCAACAAGAUAUUUGGUUGGAUGCCUGAGUUCUACAAUGAUACUGAAAAGUUACCAGAAAACAUGCCAACAGAUCUUAAAAAUCAUAUCAAGGCAGAAAAAACAAGUCAUGCAGCAGAAUUGAGUAGAUUAAAUACAGUAUGGGUGUCUUGUGAAGGAGAGAAUCCAGCAGAUGUUGAAAAUAUUGGUUCGAUACAAUAUAUUCCUAGGAGGGGAUUUCCAGGCUACUAUUUUCCAUAUAAAAACCAAGAAGGCUACCUAAGCCCCAUAAUUGCCAUUUGGUUCGAGAAACCUACAAGUGGUGUUCUAAUUAAUAUUGAAUGCAAAGCUUGGGCACAUAAUAUAAAUCACGACCGUGCUGAGCGAAGAGGGUCAGUCCACUUUGAACUUAUGAUUGACUAGUUCACUCCAGACACCAAACCUGAUAGAGACGAUAUCCCUUUCUCCAGCGCAGCUUCCUUGAACCCCAACAUCAAUAUAUUUCAAACAGCCACCGAGCCUAAAGCGUUCUUAAUUUUUUUCCAUUUGGAAUGUGCACGCUUGCACAAAAGCGCGCCAAAGUUUUUUGCUUUUUCUCACCAUUGACUCAGCUCAAAUUUAAUUUGCAAUGUUACAACCAAUGAGAGGGGGAGGAGUGGAAAAGAGGGGAGUGUUUUGUCGUUUGAUAAUUUAUUUUUCUAACUAGGGAAUCACCCCCUCAUCGGCACAUCAUCGCCGUCUUAUUAUUAUGGUACCUUAAAUCAAUGUAUACAUGUAUGUAUAACAUGUGGAUGAUACCUCAAAAUGCGUACACAUGUAUGUAUAUUCACUAGCACAAAAAAAUAUUAAUAAAAAAAAAUAAAAAUAUUAAAUAUAUAUAUAAAAAAAAUUAAAAAAAAAAAAACCGAAACCAAAGUGUGUGUACAAAAUCUUCAUUGUAAACACCAUAUGUGGGUUACUAAAUUGUAUAGAUGAUAUUAAAAUUUUACUAAUUGUGUGUGUUCAUGGCAGAUAGUAGUUGCUUACACUUUAGUAACUAAUCUCAAAGAAUGGACUUGAGAACCAGUGCAAUGGUUGUGCCCCCAGUUUAAUAUACAUGAACCUGCGUUUCUUUUUCAAUCUAGAUAAUAAUAAAAAAAUUAAAAGUAUUUUAGUUACCAAAUAAAAGUUAUAGGGCUUAAAAUGUAUAUUUUUUAGAGAUAUCUUUUUUCUUUACAUACUCUUGCGUGUUUCACGCAAAAAAAAAAAUAUAAAAAACAAAAUCGAAUGCUUAAAAGUAUUAGAUUAGAAUGUGAUAACAAGGGCCAUAAGAGGCGUGGGAAAUAUAGUUACUUAAAACUUAUUCGUAGUAAAUACUCACAUAGCUCUAGGAUCACUUAAUAAUAGACCUAGUCAUUAAUUGUACUAAAAUAGUUGUAAUGCUUUCAGCUGCCAUCUACUGAUAUUCUUUUAUAAAAAGAAAGUAUUACUUUUAAGUUUUAAACUUUUUACUUAAUUUAUAUUAAUUAAUUUCAUUUGUUAAGAUUUUCUUCCUCUUUAUUUAAUUACUUAAAAAAUUAUUUUUAGCUUUAAGAUAUGUGUUCAUAUUACUGUAUGAUAAUUUUUUUAAUGUUAUUUAUAUUACCCCAUGAUAUAUAUAAACGAAAAAAAAAUCUGUUAAACAUUUUCAAAUUUUAUACAAGUAUUAUCUAUUAAAUUUACAAUUGUUGUGAUGAAAAUUCCCUGAGAAGUUAUCACUAUUUGAAGGAUACUUUUAAUGUUAAAUUGCAUUCUUAUAUUUAGGAAGUAGCCAAAAAUUGUUACUUUAGGAAUACAAUAUACAGUAUUUAGAUACUCAUUGUCGCUAAGAAGAUCUAUAUAUAAAUGUAAUUAUAAUCAAAUUUACACCAUCUUGGUACCUUGUUGUUAUUAAGAUCUUGGUUUGAACAACAAUUUGCCUCUGUAAAUAUAAGUUGUUCACUGCCAUUUGUUGUUAUCAACUUAAAAUUCCUUGUUUAUACACAUUUGACCCAAUUCUUAAUAUAUAUCUAUAAAUACAGUGUUCAUCUAUCAUACCCUUUAAAGGAGGUUUAAAAGUAUUUGUUAAUAAAUAAAAAAAUUAUAGUACAUUGUCCUUAGGAACAAGACACUAUUUUAUUGAAAAUGUUUCGAACAAUAAUGAAUGUAUAUACUUCAUGUUAUAUAUUAUGGAAAAAUAAGGUUUUUUUUUUACAAAAAUUACUUCAGCCUCACUAAUUAUUGAUGUAUGUAUUAAUUAAUAACAAUGCUGCUCAUGCUCUCUAGUCUGAAUUAAUUCAUAAAGUUGAGGACAUAAAACAUCCAGGCCAAGGCAUUGUUAAUGCUGAGUUUACAAAUCAUAAUGAUUCCUCCAUACAAACAUUAUAAGGCCUGACGAGUAUGUUUUUAUUUCCUCAAGAUUUAAUAGUGGGCUGUGGUCAUUUUAGUAAAAAGGCCUAAAAUAAAAUGUUAUAAUUGGUUGCUCCAUACUGUAUGUUAUUAAAAGUUUCUAAUUUAAAUAAAAAAGGGUAUUAUUUUAAAAGGAGAAAUUCAAGUUGUCCAUUUUUUGCUUUUCAUUUUAUAAGUGCCUACCUGUGACUAUAUUUAUCAAUACCUAUUAUUAUAUUUCAAG